AUGGCGGUGCUUCGAUCGUUGUUGUCGUUGACAGUGCUGGCCGGGUUCGGCGCAGCAGCCCCGGUCAUAUAUCAGCAGACACCAUUGCUGACCCCAAGCAAGGUCAUAUAUCAGCAGACACCAUUGCUGACCCCAAGCAAUAUUGGCGUGCUUGACGAGCAGGAAUGGAUUCUGAGAGUCAACACCACGUUCGACGCUGUGAACCUUAAAGACAAGCCCAUCCAGCCUUUGGAGAGCUACGGCUACCUCGACUUCCACCACUACUCAAUCUUCGACCCAAAAGCAGCAGCUGCUGCUGGAAAGCUCAACAAGAGCGAUGUCGACUGUGCCGUAACUCAGCCUAAUGCCCUCCUCAUCCAGCCCGGAAACCAAACCACAUCAGCAAUCAUCCAGUCAAACGCCACUGCCCUCGAGGGGACGAACCUCAACCCUUUCUUCGACUUUGUCAGCCUGUCGUUCAAGCCCUUGGCUGCCGACGUCGAUGUGAUCUUCAUAGACUUGUUUUCUUGGACGAUCAAGGAUGGCAAAGCCGAAAAUGUCGAAGAGCUGUACGUGGGAUUUUUGCCAGAGAGUGAUGGGUCUUUCCUUGGUUGGGACUUGGAGCCUAGGGCAUUCAUUGACGGCUGGGGAAAGGGGUCGAACUGGGUUGAACUCAGAGGCUAUGAUGAAGAUUUCAAUCCGAUGCCGUUCUGUGUCGACAACAUCGUGGUGGAAUACCACAAGACUGGCAAUGAUGAGUAA